GAAGGAGCUCAGUGAUUUACUACAGCAUCCAAACUGUCAACUGAAGACACUGAGGUUUUUAGGUCCUGCUGCAGAAGAAGCCUGUCAUUAUGUGACUGGAAUUGUGGGUAAAAACCCACUACUUUUGAGAGAACUGAAUCUGAGUGAACGUGAACUUGAAGACACAAGUAUAAAGCUGCUUGCUGCUCUACUGCAGGAUAAACACUGUACAAUCAACACACUGAUUCUGUGUGGAUGCAGUAUUAAAGAGAAACAGUGUCUCAUCCUGACAUCAGCUCUGAAAUUAAACUCAUCACACCUGAGAGAACUGGACCUCAGUGACAAUAUGCUACAAAACAGAGGAGUGAAGAUCUUAUGUGACGUACUGAAGGAUUCACACUGUAAACUGGAUAGAUUGAGGUUAAGAUACUGUGAUAUGACAGAUGAAGGUUGUUCUGCUCUGACUUCAGCUCUGAAAUCAAACCCAUCACACCUGAGAGAACUGGACCUCAGUGGAAAUAAACUAGGAGUUGAAAACCUUGAUGUCCUGCUGAGGAACCCAGAAUUCAAUCUGGAAAUACUAGCUCUGUGUGGAUGCAGUAUUACAGAGAAACAAUGUCUCAGUCUAAGUUCAGCUCUGCGUUCAAACCUUUCACAUCUGCGAAAACUGGACCUCAGUGAAAAUGAACUAAAAAACACAGGAGUGAAUCACUUAUGUGACACACUGAAGGAUUCAAACUGUAAAGUAGAGAGACUGAGGUUAAGAUGCUGUGAUGUGACAGAAGAAGGUUGUUCUUCUGUGACUUCAGCUCUGAAAUCAAACCCAUCACAUCUGAGAGAACUGAACCUGAGUGGAAAUCCACUAGGAGACUCUGGAGUGAAACACCUCUGUGAUCUACUGAUGAACCCACAAUGCAAUCUGGAAAUACUAGAUCUGUGUGGAUCCAGAAUUACAGAGAAACAGUGUCUCAUCCUGAUUCUAGGUCUGUGUUCAAACCCAUCACACCUGAGAGAGCUGGACCUGAGUGAGAAUCAAAUGAAAAACGCAGGAGUGGAUCACUUAUGUGACGUACUGAAGGAUUCACACUGUAAACUGGAGAGACUGAGGUUAAGAUCCUGCGAUAUAACAGAUGAAGGUUGUUCUGUUCUGACUUCAGCUCUGAAAUCAAACCCAUCACACCUGAGAGAACUGGACCUUAGUGGAAAUAAAGUAAAAAACAAAGGACUGAGGCACUUAUGUGACGUACUGAAGAAUUUAGACUGUAAACUGGAGAGAUUGAGUCUAAAUGACUGUGGCAUUACAGAUGUUGCUUUUUUGGCUCAGACUUUGGCUAAGACGAAAGCUUUGCAUUUUUUAAAAGAGCUUGAUCUGAAAAAGAAUAAAAUAGGAAACUCAAGGAAGCACCUCAGUAAAGCGCUUAAAGACUCCAACUGUAACCUGAGCCUAGACAGUGAACAACGCCUUUUCAAAGCUGGUCUAAACAUGCUGGUGGAUGGUUUUACAUUGUGAAAUCAACAGGACUAGACCAGACACCAUUGUAUAAGGGAUCACAAAAAUGAAAAUAAGUAUUUAUAUAGAAUUAUUUAGAAUGGGAACCUAAAUAUAAACUAUUCAAAACCAACAGCUAAACCUACAGCAUUUAACAAAUGUAAAAUUAAUUGUUGUAGCUUUAAUGUGUUGCUAUUUACAUAAUUCCUAAUGCAUAAAGGUGGAACAAAUUACAGAUGAAAUAAAGCAGCGUUACAGAGCAAAGAGAAAUAGAGUAAAACGGCUAACAUAUAUCUAAGGAAGAUAUAAAAUGAAAGAUUAUA